AUGCCGCCGAGCGCCGGGGAGACGCUCCGCGCGUGGCUUCUGUCCGCCCUGGUGGUGCACGGAGCUGUCGCCGGCAAUCCGGACGCGAAGCGACUCUACGACGAUCUCCUCAGCAAUUACAACAAGUUAGUCAGGCCCGUGGUCAACACCUCGGACGUGCUCAGGGUCUGUAUUAAGCUCAAGUUGUCGCAGCUGAUCGACGUGAAUCUCAAGAACCAAAUAAUGACAACAAACUUAUGGGUCGAACAGAGCUGGUACGAUUACAAACUUCGUUGGGAACCGAAGGAGUACGGAGGCGUUCACAUGCUCCACGUUCCUUCUGAUCAUAUAUGGAGGCCAGAUAUAGUUCUUUAUAAUAACGCCGAUGGUAACUUCGAAGUGACAUUGGCAACCAAAGCGACCAUCUACCACCAGGGUCUGGUCGAAUGGAAACCUCCGGCGAUCUACAAAUCGUCGUGCGAGAUCGACGUCGAAUAUUUUCCCUUCGAUGAGCAGACUUGCGUACUCAAAUUUGGUAGCUGGACUUACGAUGGUUUUAAGGUCGAUUUAAGGCACAUGGAUGAGAAGUCUGGAAGCAACAUCGUCGACGUCGGUGUCGAUUUAUCUGAGUUUUACAUGUCUGUGGAAUGGGAUAUUCUGGAAGUUCCGGCAGUUAGGAAUGAAAAGUUCUACACUUGUUGUGACGAGCCCUACUUAGAUAUUACAUUCAAUAUAACUAUGAGAAGGAAAACUCUUUUUUAUACGGUUAAUAUAAUAAUUCCCUGCAUGGGAAUUAGCUUUUUGACAGUGCUGACCUUUUAUCUUCCUUCGGACAGUGGUGAAAAGGUUACUCUGUCGAUAUCGAUUUUGAUUAGUCUCCACGUGUUCUUUCUGCUGGUUGUCGAAAUUAUACCGCCAACAUCGUUAGUUGUGCCGCUGCUCGGAAAAUACUUAAUAUUUGCUAUGAUAUUGGUAUCGAUUAGUAUAUGCGUGACAGUGGUGGUCCUGAAUGUGCAUUUUAGGUCCCCUCAAACGCACAGAAUGGCACCAUGGGUAAAGCGCGUUUUCAUACAUAUUCUUCCCAGGCUGCUGUUCAUGAGAAGGCCGCAAUAUAAAUUUGAAACGCAUGGGCAUGCUUCUGGUGGUGUUUUAAUGCGGACGGUGCGUGGAAAAGACGUCCCAUCUUAUUUUCCCUAUCAUCCCAAUUCUUCGGAGGACCAGAGAUAUAUCAGCAGGACAUCGUCGAAGGAAGAUUUAUCUCCAGCUAGUCUCGGUGAGAUCGGACCGUUCGGUGGAAGUUGUCAGAUUCACGGUCCUCCGGCUUUGUCGCAUCUCGGCAGCGACAUCGACGAUGCGGACGGCGGCAUCAAAAGCCCGAGCGUCUUACUGAACCCGGCAUUCUCUCACGAAUGCUGCCCGCCGCGGAUGCACAAAUCCUGCUUCUGCGUCAGGUUUAUCGCGGAACACACGCGAAUGUUGGAGGACUCCACAAAGGUGAAAGAAGACUGGAAGUACGUCGCCAUGGUGCUCGAUCGUUUGUUUCUUUGGAUUUUUACUUUAGCGGUACUGGCGGGGACCGCAGGAAUAAUCUUACAGGCGCCCACAUUGUACGACGACCGAGUGCCUAUUGAUAAAAAAUUCUCCGAAUUUGCAACGACAACCGUCGUACGAUGUCCGCCGCAAUAGCGGCAGCUGCGCGCUAUCUACGCUACGAUG